AUGUUGCAGUAUGAAAUAGAUUAUUGGCAAGCGGUUCGACCUCCGAGCCCCAAGACCCGCAAGCGCUUAGUAGACACCAUCUUUGAGCCCUUGAGCCGGGUUCGCAAAAGCUUUGCAAGCAAGGAGGGGGCCUGGUGGGCUACUCCCGAAGCAGGACGUGUCUGGAUCAAGGCGUUGGAAAACGAGGACUUCCUGGUUUUGGAUGACUUUCUUCCCCUCGCAGAUGCCCGGGAGCUGGCAAAGGCUCUUGAGAAGAGGAGACCGAAGAUGCAGCCAGGCAGGACGGAUUCGGAGCUUUCUGCGUAUGGUACUUCUGGCAUGGUUCUGUGGCUGCAACCUUCUGAAGUUCCGGAGCUUGGCCCGCUUGUAGAGCACACAAAUGCCUUGGUCAGCCUGUUGAUGGACAUCCCCGAGGCCAAAAUCCAGGCUCGGAUGCAGGGCAUCACCGCACUAUCAGAUGCCCAAUUUGCGGUCUUCCCUGGCAGCCCAGAAAACGAUGACGCCAGAUACAUCAGGCAUGUGGACAACGAAGAUGGUUGCAAUGGCAGACUGCUGACAUGCACCUUUUACUUGAAUGAAGACUGGGAUGCGGAGCACGAUGGUGGCGAGAUCAGAUUGUUCGAGGAGGAUCAGAAGCAAAUCAAAGUCGACGUGGAGCCAGUAAUGAACCGCUUGGUUGCUUUCUUCAGCGAUUCGUCCGUGCCCCACGAAGUACGAAGGAGCCGGCGGGACAGGUGCGCGAUCACGACCUGGUACAUCAACGAGGAGCUGCACCUCGCAUACCACCAAGCUGAGGAGGAGGGGCAGUAA